AUGAUGGCGGUUCUUUUGACUCCGCGGUUCCGCAGGCUCAGCAGCCAGAGCGAGCUCCGGCUUCAGCGGCGGGACGGCCUCCGGCUCCGACUUAGCGCCGGCGGCGGUAUCAACCGGAGGAGAAGGGCAGUUAUCACAGGAUGCUCGGGUCCUUUUCAAGCUACUCAGCUGUGGAAUGGUAUCAUUCACUCUCUUCACACGCAGGUGGAAAUAAAAAGAAGACGGCAACAUUUCCGAACUUAUAAAGACUGUUUUACUGGUUCGGAUGCUGUUGAUGUAGUGUUAGGUCAUCUUAUGCAGAAUAUCUCCUUAAGCAGCAGUGACAUCUCCCGUCUAAAUGGAGUGCGUCUUUGCCAAGCUCUCAUGGAUCAUAAAGUAUUUGAACCAGUAGGAAUGAAGCUAUUCAAAAGUGAAAAGGAAUUGCAAUUUGAAGAUACAAAUAGCAGUCUCUACAGGUUUCUGGGCCAUAAUCCCAGUCCUGUUUUAUCUAAAAGAAAUUAUGAUCCUAAAAAUAUGGGGUUUGAUCAAAUAAAAGCAGAAGAACUCACCAGAAUAGAAGAUGAAACGAUUUCGAAUCCUUUAGCACAAGAAAUUGAUGAGAAGACAAUGGAAGAACUAAUUCAUACUAUAAAUGGGCAUACAUCUUUCCCUCCAGAUAUCACAGUUGAUAAAUCAGUCCAUGUGCUUUCAAAAAAAGUUGCGGAAGACGUGUGGAAAGAGCAAACAUUGUUAAGACUCCUCCAAUUAAUUCACCUUCCAAUCUUAGAAAGUAUUUUAGAGCCCCCAGUAAAAAACCAGAAUGUUCAGUGGAACCGAGAAGAUCUCAUCAUCUCCAACACUUGCUUAGAUAGAGAGGUUAUUCAUGGCCUCAGUUUGUCUGAGAUUGACAGUUGGCUCAACGCAGCAAUUGAAUGCCUGGAAUAUUUCCCAGACCAGCUAAUAGUGAUGGUUAGUCAGCAGCUAGUUCAAAACGCUAACGAAGAAACAAAACUGAAUAUUCAUAAGAAGAUAUUCUUUGAUAUUAUAAUAAAAUAUUAUAAUCAAGAAAGAGAAUGUUUACUUAAUGACAGUUAUUCUGAUGUUCAUUCAGGAAUUAUUGAACUUCUGGAGAAAGGGAAGCAAGCAGACGCUCUGGAAGCGUCGCAGCUGUACCUGAGGCUCCUUUUCCCCAAUGUCAGGGAGGAAUUACGCAGACUCCUGACUUUUAUGGCCAUAGCGUCAGACCCUCAGGGCUACAAGUUACAAAAACAGUAUGAUAAUAGAACAGUUGUCAUGAAAAUGCUUGCCAAAGCUGUUUUGAAAAACAAGUCACUGUCGAAAGUACAAACUGAGCGACUGGUCCAGUUUCUGCUAGAGAAUCAUUGUGAGCUUCUUAAGACGCCUUUGAAUUUGUUGGAACUGGUCGGUAGGAAAUUCAGAAGCCUUCUUCAUGGAGAAGAUCCAGAUCUUAUAUCAGGUUUCACGUUUUGUCAGCGUUUGACUCGUGAAGAAUAUGAGGGACAAAAACAAAGGACAACUGGAGAGCUCCAGCAGCUGAUUCAGGAGAUUAACAUCAGCUCUAGUAUUCCUCUCAAACAGAAGAAGAAACUGAUGAAGGAAUUUCAGAAACAUCACCCAUCAGCUUUGAAUUAACGUUUUAGGGGCAAGAAAUUGGAUGCAGUUUUGUAAGCUGGGUUCUUGUAGAGGGUAGAGAGCUUUUUUCUUUAUACCAAUUCCUUUUUAAGACUGCCAAAUUAACAUUUUAGUAGCAGGAAUACAAUGAAAAGUAUAGCCUCCAUAUGCCAUGUUUAUCCAGCAAGCAUUUAACUUUUGAAAAGAGGCAAGUUCAUCCCUCAGUGAUACUACUGAAUCACUUACUUGUGCUCUACUGAAUAGUUUACACUACUGAAUGAUUGAGAAGUGAUGCUGCUACCAUUGGGGGUCUGAUGCAGUCAAAUCCCUGAGAAGUCUUUCUGGGUAUCAGAGAAGAAACAUACCUCGUUGAAGCUCUGGACAAGAAUCUUUCCGCACUGGUGCCAUUUUCCCUUUGCUGCUAGAAUGUAAAUGACUCAAGAUGAUCUAAAGGUAUAACCGAGAGAAGGGCACCUUCAGUGUGACUGCUGCUUGCUCCGGUGUAGAUCAUAGCCAUCCCCAUAUUCCUAGCCUUUGCCAUCCUUGUCCCUGCUUUUCAGUAAAUCCUGCAGAGGUGCCUUCCAUCCCAAGCAUCCAAAGUCUUCCCUUGCUUAUUUUAUAUUUCAUGUUUACCAGGCACCACUCUGCACAUGGGCAAUUCCCUUUCCCUCUUUUGUUGCAUGACCAGCCGUUUCCUAGGCACACACUUCCCUGAUUAUGUCUUUUUUGCUACUUCUUAAGGUAAUUUAUUGGUAAUAUGCUACAACCUACUUAUUCCCACCCUAAUUUUUUUCUUUUUAUUAUUUUUUCCAAUGAAGCAUUUUUCUCUCCCUCCUAAUCCUUCCG